AUGUGGAUUAUUAACUGGUUCUACGAUGUCCUGGCCUCCCUUGGCCUGCUCAACAAGCACGCCAAGCUCCUCUUCCUCGGUCUCGACAAUGCUGGGAAAACGACCCUACUGCACAUGCUGAAGAACGACCGGGUUGCCGUUCUCCAGCCUACCGCCCAUCCGACAUCGGAGGAGCUCGCUAUUGGAAAUAACCGCUUCACCACCUUCGAUCUGGGUGGUCACCAGCAGGCCCGUCGUCUCUGGAAGGACUAUUUCCCCGAAGUAAGCGGCAUCGUUUUCCUCGUUGAUGCUAAGGACCACGAGCGUUUUCCCGAGUCCAAGGCCGAGCUCGAUGCCCUCCUCGCCAUGGAGGAGCUCGCCAAGGUCCCCUUCCUCAUUCUCGGCAACAAGAUCGAUCACCCCGACGCCGUCAGCGAAGACGAACUGAGACAUCAGUUGGGAUUGUACCAGACCACAGGGAAGGGCAAGGUGCCGCUUGAGGGCAUCCGGCCGAUUGAGGUCUUUAUGUGCAGUGUCGUGAUGAGACAGGGUAAGCUUCCCCCCAUCAAUCCCUGGGAAGAAAACAAGAAUCUAACCGGGAAGCAGGAUACGGUGAGGGUAUCAGGUGGUUGUCUCAAUACGUUUAAGCUUGCAAAAACGGAAGCAAGCUUGUGUGGGACACCAGAAGAGGGUGGAAAGAGGGAAGUGGUGUUCAUGAACUAG